CAUUGUGAUAUCCCAUAUGAUUGAUUUUCGUUUUUUGUUGUCUUUGAUUGAUUUUCAUGAACUUUGUUCGAUUUUAGUUUAUGGGUUUUGUUGGUUUAACUCGUUUGUCUAACAUGGAGAUCGGUUUUUGGUGGUUCAGAAGGGAAACAGAGACAGAAAGUUUGAUUGCGUGUGUAUGUGUGAGGGGUGAGAAACAAGGGGAUUGGUAGUGGGGACAGAUGGGAAGGCUGUUUGUGAUCACUCUUGAAGGAAGCUUCUAUAGCUGCAAGCACUGCAGAACACACCUUGCCCUUUCUGAUGAUACUCUGUCUAAGUCUUUCCACUGCAGGCAUGGAAAGGCUUAUCUCUUCGACAAAAUCGUGAAUGUCACAGUUGGAGAAAAAGAGGAGCGCACGAUGAUUACUGGGUUGCACACUGUUGUUGACAUUUUUUGUGUUGGAUGUGGCUCACUUGUGGGAUGGAAAUACGAGGCUGCACAUGAGAAAAGCCAGAAGUACAAGGAGGGGAAAUUCAUCCUUGAGAGGUUUAAGGUGUUGGGUCCUGACGGAAGCUACUACGUGUCUAGUCAGGAAGCUCAAGUUGUUGGAAGCGAUGCUGAUGAUGCCUGAAUCAUUACAUUAGCCUUUCAAAUAUGAAUCUGUUUUGAUUGUACAUUCUCUGCACACCCCCAUUUUCAUGUUUUAUUCUUCCUUCUGAGUUCUGAAUUGGUAUUUGCCUUCGUCUUCAUAGACCAGUUUUGCAGAUAGCAUUAGAACGAUGCCGUUUCCCUAAUUUUAAUUUUAGUUUGUAUU